AUGUUUGCCCCCUCAGCAGGCACCACACUGGCCUCACCGACACCAGAGAGCUUUUUCAGCCUGGCCAGUCUUGUCGGUCUGCUGCAUCUCGAAAGCAGCAGUGCACUCGGAUGGACACAAGUACUGGUAGUAUCGUUCUGGUUUGCCAUCGCCACGAGCUUUCGCACCAACGGGACGCUGCUGAUCGGCUACCUCGCGUUCAAGCUCAUCGCCGAGGCGCAGUCGGGCAGGGCAGUAUCAGCCACGUUGAAGCUAGUACUGUCGGUGGCAGUUUGCGUCUCACCCAGCGUACUCUUUCAAGCGUGGGCGUACAGCCGGUUCUGUCUCGCUGAAGCUUCACGACCGUGGUGCGAGGAUCGGCUACCCAGCAUCUACGCCUUUGUCCAGUCGCACUACUGGCACGUGGGGGUAUGGCGGUACUGGCAAGCGGCGCAGCUGCCCAACUUUAUGCUCGCUGCGCCGGUGCUUGUGUGCAUAGCGUAUACCGCGCGCGUGUUCUACCGCCGAAGUAGCUGGUCGCAUAUCGCUGCGUCGUUGCUCGCCCCACGGACCACCACUCGUCCUGCAGCCACUACCACAGAGGCCGAUCUUGUGGCGCUGGCAACAACACCCAAAGCGACACCGUACAUCGUUCACGGCGUCGCACUCGGAUGCAUCCUACUCUUCGCAUCGCACGUCCAGAUCGCUCUGCGUCUAGCUACACCCGGCGGGAUGCCUAUGGUGUGGUGGGGGGCUGCACAUGCUGUUGGCCACUCGGCGCGCGUGCGACGAUGGGUGCUGGCGUAUCUGGCGGUCCAGUACUGCGCGUCGAUCGUGUUGUAUGCCGGGUUCUAUCCUCCUGCGUGA